CGGAGCUCACCGCAGAUAUGGCGCCGAUGCGAGCUCUCCUGUUGGUGGCUCUGCUGGUGCUCGCCGCAGCACCUCACGGUGAAGCCGGCAGACGCGGCGGUCACGGCAGGAGCCGGCGCAUUGGUGGCCAUGGCGGCUGGUCCAGCCGUGGAUACAGCGCUGGGUCCAGCCGUGGAUACAGCGCUGGAUAUACAGCUGGACACGGACAGUCCCUGAGCGCUGGAUACGGCGGUGGAUCCAAGGGUGGCCAUGGAGGAUUCUCAAGCGGUGGUUACGGCAAAGGAUCCAGUUUUGGACACGGGAGGUCUCUAAGUGCUGGAUACGGUGGUGGAUCCAACAGCGGGCAUGGAGCAUUCUCCAGCGGUGGCUAUGGAAGUGGAUCAAACUUUGGACACCGUAGUACCAGCGGACAUGGUGGAUUUUCCAGUGCUGGAUACGGAGGUGGAUCCAGCUUUGGACACCGCCGUAGCAGCGGACACGGUGGUUUCUCCAGUGGAGGAUACAGCACCGGAUCCUCCGCCGGACACGGGAGGUCUCUGAGCGCUGGAUACGGUGGUGCAUCCAACGGUGGAUAUGGAGGCGGAUCCAAGGGCGGCCAUGGCGGAUUCUCCAGUCGGGGAUACGGAGGUGGAUCCAACCUUGGACACCGCAGUAGCAGCAGGCACGGAGGAUUCUCCAGUGGUGGAUACGGAGGCAGGUCCAGCUUUGGGCACGGACAGUCCAUAAGCUCUGGGUACGGCGGUGGAUCUAACCUUGGACACCGUAGAAGCAGCGGACACAGUGGGUUCUCCAGCGGUGGAUACGGUGGCGGAUCCCGUGGUGGCUACGGUGGUGGAUCCAGCCAUGGACGCCGCAGUAGCGGGCACGGCGGUUUCUCCAGCGGUGGAUACGGUCACGGAGGUGGAUCCCGCGGCGGAUACGGAGGUGGAUCCCGCGGCGGACACCGCGGCGGCUCACUCGGCUUCGGAGGUGGUUUCACCAAGGGCAGGUCAUUCACCAGUGGAGGAUAUCGCCAGGGAGGACAUCGCUGGUAAAAACACACGCUGUGCCUGCCGAGCAGUGUGCAGUGUGAAUUAUUCGAAUUUACAACUAGGAAUGUAUUCAUGACCCUCAUUAAUGACACAUGCACUAUCGUAUCGUGCGCUGUUUGCGGCCGCUGCCCGGCUGUCCGUUUGUCCUGGACCGCUCACACUGGCGCUGUUCGCUUGUAUCAUGCGCGACAUAAACUCAGCUCGCUUAUGUUUUCAUGUCAGCACUGUCAUCGUCGUUUACCUCUCAGCAAAUCAAUAAAGUGGAAACCGAUAAAUUCAGAGUUGAUGGCUUCA